UUCCAAACAGACCAAAACCCGGAAACAGCGACCAACAGGCUCUCUCUCCCUCUCUUUCACACACAUAUAGAAUCCUCAAUGGGUUUGGUUUCAGACACAGUGGACUCUGUCAAGUCCAUUAAAUUCAGAGAAGCUUUGCACCAAGUCAUCACUCUUGGGUUGAUUGUAACAUCAGCACUAGUAAUAUGGAAAGGGUUAAUGUGCAUAUCUGGAAGUGAAUCUCCUGUUGUUGUUGUUCUUUCUGGAAGCAUGGAACCUGGUUUUAAACGAGGUGACAUUUUGUUGUUGCAUACUAAUAAGGAUCCCAUUCGUGCAGGAGACAUUGUUGUUUUCAAUAUUAAUGGACGUGAUAUUCCAAUUGUUCACCGCGUAAUUGAGGUCCACGAGCGUCAAGAUACAGAACAAAUAUAUUUACUCACUAAAGGAGACAAUAAUGAUAUGGAUGACAGGGUUUUAUACAAUUAUGGCCAGAAUUGGUUAGAGAAAAAGCAUAUUUUGGGAAAAGCUAUCGGGUUUGUACCUUAUGCUGGUUGGGCUACAAUAAUCAUGUCUGAAAUUCCUAUUGUCAAGUAUAUACUCAUAGGGGCAAUGGCACUGCUGGUAUUGACAACAAAGGAAUAGAUUAAGAAAUAGUCAUACGAUCUAAAAGAAUCUCAGAAUAUUUUUAUACAAAUAAUUUAGAUUUAAUUCCUAUCCUCCUUAUUGAAGUGAAGCCAGUUCAUUUCAUUAGCAUGUUUCUUUUAUGGUUCCUUUUAAAAAUCAAUUUACAUUUUAAAUUUAAGAAGUGAACAUAUAAAUUUGACAAUUAUAUACAAGCGAUAUACUUUAAAUAUUUAUUUAAUUUAUCUUAAAAA